CCAGCCACUGAGGGGUGGAGGUGGUUUCCAGCCGGAGGUUUUCUGCGGCCGGACCGGAAGUGCCCAGGCCGGCAUGGCGGCUAAACGGAAAGCGGAGAUUUUUGUCCCAGCGGAGGAGAGCGAUCAGCUGCUGAUCCGCCCGCUAGGAGCUGGUCAAGAGGUGGGAAGAUCAUGCAUCAUUGUGGAAUUCAAAGGAAGGAAAAUCAUGUUGGAUUGUGGAAUCCACCCUGGACUUGAGGGAAUGGAUGCACUUCCGUACAUUGAUUUGAUUGACCCUGCGGAGAUAGAUCUUCUCCUUAUUAGUCAUUUCCAUUUAGAUCACUGUGGUGCACUUCCAUGGUUCCUACAAAAGACUAGUUUUAAAGGCAGAACUUUUAUGACUCAUGCAACAAAAGCUAUAUACCGCUGGCUGCUAUCUGAUUAUGUCAAGGUCAGUAAUAUCUCAGCAGAUGAUAUGCUGUACACUGAAUCAGACCUGGAGGAAAGUAUGGACAAGAUUGAGACCAUCAACUUUCAUGAAGUGAAGGAAGUGGCAGGUAUCAAGUUUUGGUGUUAUCAUGCAGGUCACGUCCUGGGAGCUGCCAUGUUUAUGAUUGAAAUAGCUGGGGUGAAGAUUUUGUACACUGGUGAUUUUUCACGACAAGAGGAUCGACACUUAAUGGCAGCAGAGAUCCCCAGUGUCAGACCUGAUAUUCUUAUAAUAGAAUCCACAUAUGGUACCCAUAUCCAUGAGAAACGUGAGGAGCGUGAAGCUCGAUUCUGCAACACUGUACAUGACAUUGUAAAUCGAGGAGGACGCUGUCUCAUUCCUGUCUUUGCUCUAGGCCGUGCUCAAGAGCUGCUACUGAUUUUAGGUGCAUGUUGCAAAUCUGAUUUAUCUCCAUCCCUUUUCUAA